AUGAAUCCCUCAUACAGUGCAUUAAAAGAUACACAUAAAAGUAAAGCCCAGGAAGACGAUUUAGAAGAAAAUGAGAUAAGUUUACAGCAAGUAAAAGAAGACAUAAGAAAUAAAUUCACAAAAGAAUUAAUUGAAGGAAUAAAAUACUACCACCAAACAGAUGGAGAGUUUCUUAGCGGUGGCGACUACUCAAUAAGAGAGAAGAUUAAAAGAUAUGGGAAAGUUUUAUACACGGUCAAAGACACUCUAUUUGUUAACAAUGCCGAAGGAGAUCCGCUGGUUGUUGUUUCUUAUAAGGAUGUUGACCGUAUUAGAGAGUUAUUCUGGCACUUUCAUGGGGAUGAACAUAAUCCAGUAAAGAAAGUUUAUGACCUAAUAUCAAGAGAGUAUUAUGGGCUGAAUAUAAACAAUAUACACCCAUGGAUUUAUAUGUGUCCACAGUGUAGAAAUAUAAUUCCCUGGGCAAAACCAAUCCAAACGCGCGACUAUCGGGUAAAGGUUAUUCAAGAGCCAUGGUUUGCUAUAUUUAUGUUUUUAAUCCCAUGGAAAGACCUGGUCUCAGAAAAGGGUGGGUAUAUCUUGUUUGUAAUGGACAUAUAUUCCAAGUUCACUUUUUACAAGGAGAUGCCAUAUUUUGACACAGAUAUAAUCCACAACUAUAUUUCCACAUUAGUUCAUACGUAUGGAGUGCCUAUACUAACAAAGUUACAUGGAGAGGAGCUUAGCUGCAAAGAGGUAAUUGAUUUUUUACAAAACACAUACAAGACACAAGUAGUUGAUCCUAAGAAGUAUCCAGAACAUUUUGCUUCUGAGACAACGCACGCUCCAAAGAAGCAGAAGUCGUGGCUUACAGUAGAAAUUAGCAACAACCCAAAAUCUGCAUUAAGCGAGGUUUUGAAGAAUGCAGUUUACAAACAGAACUUUACACCGUGCAACGAGAAAGGCAUGCAUAUAGUAAGGCGCACACCAGCCAAUCUAUUUUUUAGGCGAGUUGUAAAACAUGUCAAUUGGAAAACUGCUCCAUUCAAAAAGAAGUACACAAUUCUUCGCGCAGACCUUCCCUCCCUAAUAGAUUUACUGCCAGAAGAUUCAAUGGUAUCACCCACUACUCCAGUACCAAAAAACAAAAAAGCUAAAACAGAAGAGAAUGAAGAUUUAUUAAAUGAAAUAGAUCCAGAAACGAAGAAUCUUUUAACUAUGUACAAUCCAAGUGACUACAAAAACACAUAUUUAGAGAUAAAUCCAGAAGAUUCUAUAAAAGGGAAAAUAGUAGCAGUUGCUUCGCCAGAUUCAAUUUCUAAAGUACCUAUACCCCGUUCUAUGCUAAAGUCUUCUAGCAUAAUAAAUCUAGCAAAUGAAAAUAAUUGUCCAAUAGCCAUUCCUGGCGCAAGCGAGCUAUGGGCCAGGGGCAUAGACCCAUCAAAGAUGCAAUUACUCCCGCAUAAGUAUUGGAUUAUUAAACCAUCUCCAGAGAAUCCCCAUGCGUGGGAAUUAUACAAUGUGGACACAAAAGAAAUCAGCACAGUACCACAGGAAAGAAUAUUUAAAAUGAAAAAUAAAUACCAAGAGGAGAACAAGCACUUAAUUGGAUUUUUAUACAAAAAAUUCAAUUCAUAAUAAACCAGUAUAAACAAUGCAUUAAUGCAAUAAUCGUAGAAAUUUCAGCUUAUACCAGCCCCAUAAUAAUUUCAGCUGUAAAUUAAACAUUCUGACUAAUUUCAGAAUUUUGGGGUACUCUAAAUAUUCCAUUCUCUGCACAGUGCUUGGCUUUCCUUAUUUUGUUUUUGGGUAUGUUAUGUGUUAAUCGGACUGCUUCUGCUAUAAGAUAAGUCUAUAAAGCACUCUACAAGAAUUGACUAAAAUUCUAAUUAUUCCCAAUAAGAAUAAAUUAUACAAUAGAAACC